AUUUUGGCAGAGCAUAUUUCAGUUUCCAUCCACAAUAUAAAGAAUUACUAAUUUAAAUUACUAAAUGUCACGUGACUUUGCUAAAAUUCUACCUCUGGAUUAUUCUCUUAAGAAAAGAAAAAUUUAAUAACUACAAAGAUUAAUCUAUGUAUAUUCAAUCUGGAGGAUUAUCAUAUAUAGAGAGUUAUAAUAAUCCGUGGCUGACUGCUUAACACUAAAUAUCGAAACGAACGGAUUUCUAGUUUUUUUCUGAUAUACCAAUGGUUAACAAUAAAUAUCGAAAAGAUUGAUUUCUAUGUUUUUUAUUAUGAAUUAAGAGAAUAGUAAAACAUAUCACUUGAAAGUUAUAUCAAACUGUAUACUGUAUUCAGCAUGUGAUUAAAGGAGUUAUUAUAUUUUAUAUACACAGACGGAUUUUAGAGAUAAUAAAAGAGUGUACCACAAUACAGAGAUAAGAUGCCUGCCUGUGUUCCAGUAAACAACAACAAUGUAGGAGACAUCAACGACAAUGCCAAACCAGCGGGGCAGACCGACUCGAAACUCAGCAAAAUUAUUUCCUGUUUGUUCCUGAGGAAGAAAACAGAUGUUGUUGACAUGACGAAAGAGUCAGCGGCGGCUGCCAAGAAACAGAAACUGUCUGUUGACCGAUCGGAAAGAUCGAGGCGCGUGUUGAAGAUGGAGAGCAUGCGCACAGCGCCGAAGGCACGUGAAGAAACAGAUGCAACAGCAAGAGUUUCACAAGGACAAAAUCAAAUGUUCUUGCCAUCCGAAAAUCCAACCGCAUCAUUCCUUUCUUACCUGAAUCCAUCUGUGAGGCGCGCAUGCUCGGAAGUCAUCCGGACAAACGGCACCCCUUCUAACACAAAACCAACACGAGAAGCGUUCACGGAGAGCAGACGAAAGAUCCAUACGCGAAAUACUAACUACCGGGGACAACAGGCAUCAGAAAACGGAAUCUCGAAAAACGGUGGCAAAAAUCAAGAUGGCAAACCAACGAAACCACCAGACAGACAAAGCAGUGUCAAAAAUGAGUGCCGGAAACCGAUUGUCGUUCCUGGAAUAAUGUCGCAGUCGGACGACGACAAUGGUUACGAUUCCGAUAACGAAAUAAGCGAUCUGCAAGACGAAAUGCGGCGAAUGAAUCUAAGUCAGCCCGAUUUAAGAUCAAGGACAAGUGGCAAAACUAGAAGACGCGAAGGUUCUAUAUCGUUAUCAGAAGAAAGUGAAGAAGAUGAAAAAGAACAAAAUAAAGCAGAAGACAGAGAACGCCCCCAGAAUCCAUCACCAAAUCAGAAACGUGACAACACAAAACCCUUGGUCGCUAAGCAACAAUCAAUGGAAGAAGUUAUUGACGAUUUAUUUCAGCAAACUCAACAUAACAUAGAUACUAUCUAUAAAAACGGAAUUGAAAGCAUGGAUUUAGAAACCUACCGAUCAGACACAAUGACACCAGAAACAUACGUGAAACGGUUUGAGGAAGACCUGCUGAAAUCGCAAGCAGACGAACAAUCAAACGAGGAACGAACUCAACACAAGUCAGCUGUAAAAGAGGAAGAAAAAGGAGACACCGGAAAGAAGCAGACACAUCUUCACCACUACCAACCAAAUGACGUCGCCAACCCGCAUAUGGAGAAUCUUUUAUCAGAAGUAUCUAUUUGGGCCCAAGACCGACAAAGAUGGCUGUUAGAGGAUGGAGAUCACGUGGGUAACGAGGCAAGCACGCGUGAAAGCACAGUAGCAAGUAUGACUACGGACGGUCGCGUAAUUGAACACGUUACGCAAACAAACAAAGACAAGUGUAAUGAAUGGGUAAAUGAAAAGUUUAAACCUCAAACUCAGAAUAAAAUAAAUACUGAAUCAAAAGCCAACGGCAUAUUAACUGGGCCAAAAUUAUUUAGGUCCACCUCAAAAAAUCCAGUAACAAACCGUGUUAGCUUUGGUGAGAAAAGUCAAAGUUCGCCGGAAAAAGAUCUUAAGUCAAAUACGUCUAACACGGGUUUACAAAUAAUUGACAUAGGCAAAGAGACUGAAGACUUGAAUGAAUUGCCAGAUUUAGACACAACAGGUUCCUGUCCCGCGCCAUGGACGUCAGACAUGUAUACAAGCACACCAAGAGGCGACCAGCAGGAUCGGUCCACAAUAAACGACAAUUUCUCGGAGCUAGACGAGCAGUUUCAGUUCAGGGCUAGAAGCCCAGAUAGUUGGUUAAGCAGCAAUGGUUCAUGUUCAAAUGUACUAAACAAAACCAGUACGAGCGUAAAGGAUGCUAAUGAAGGUUUUGAUACCCCAACCCCUACGAAACAAAUAGAAACCCCAGUGAAAAUAACUGCUUCAAACGUGGGAAAAUCCCAUCAGAUUAUGAGAAUAACACCCAAAGUCCAUACCCCUUUCAGAGGAUUGGACAGACAAGUAACGCCAAUGCCGACCGAGCCAAAUACAAUACCGUCUAAACCAAUGCUGCGAAACACACAACUAAAACCUCUGACUGUUUUGCGGACGGCCAAAUCUAGAGGUAUGAUUGACAAUUUCCCAAUAUUACCCGGCUACAGAGGUGGAAAUAACAUGCCUGAGGAAACAAAUUUUGCUGCGAAUCAGACAAGGCCGUUUUCUGAAAUUCCACUACGAACUGACAUGAGAGGCAAUGAUAGGAACAGCAGUCUAUUGGCUCAUUCCUCGAGCGCACGGGAAACACUUGAGCAGCAGGAACGAAGUCUUGCCCAGACAUCAUUAAGACCUGUUUCAGAGACCAUGCCGCCUAAAAGAAUUGAUAAAAUAGGAGUUGGACCAAUCAUGGCAACUAAAGAGAAGCAAAUGUAUGCGCGGGAUGUUAUGAAUGCUAUGGAAAAACAUCGUCUGCAGCCGCAACAUGGCGCAUUUCAGGACAGUGUAACUACUAGUACACCUCCAAAUGAACCAUUGAUAGAAUAUGAUGAUGUAAAAGAAAAGGAACCCAGUAGAAAGAGACACAAAGUGUUUACAAAUAGUUUAAUGACAGGUGGUUACAAUUACGACAAACAUAGCAGACGAAAACCGUCUGAACAACAACCGGAAGUGAAGCCAUCCGAAAGCGGUGAAAACGUAAAUUUUAGUACAUCGUUAGGAUCAAAAACUAACAAUCCAGCGACUAGAAGUGUAAAUGAUCUUUCGUUCAGCAUACGUGACAAUUCAAAUAACCCCGCAUCUCCGCGAUAUAGCCAAGAUAGACUUGCUCAAAACCAGUCCACGAUGAACGGAAAUUUUCCAGACACACAAACCAGACUAAAUCGUGCUAACGCCAGUCAGUCUUUUAAUAUAGGAAACACACAAGGAACUGAUAAAAAGCGCGAAAACAAGAGCCAAUCCUUCCAAAAUAAAUACACGGCGGUUCAGAGCCACGGACUAGGCGUAUCACCGAGCCAUGGGCUAGGAUUGCAUACGUCAUCAGACGUAAGCCAUUCUCAAACCGCCAAUAAAUUCCGCCAGAUCAGAAGCAGACGUGAUCAAGAAAUGGAAUGGUUAAUGAAAGAUGCUGCUGAAACAGAAGUUUGAAAAGUUCUGAUUGUUUAGGAAUUUAUUAUAUACAUUAUAGCGUCACUCAUAGAUUGCAAGUAAAGUCUGUCUGGUCAGAAACAGGAAGACGCAGCCAAAACGAGAAGUUUGAUAGCUUCGGCAAACAUUCAAGUUUUAAAUAAAACACAAUACAUCAGUAAUUUCCGGACGUGGUCAAGAAAUCGAAUGUGAUUGAUGAAAGACGAUGCUGAAAUGGAAGUUCGAUAACAUUCUUGAGAUUUUUAGCUCACAUGAGCGGGUGAUGUAUCGGGAUGCAAACAGUAUUGCCAUAUUAUUAAAAUAAGUCUGUUCCGAUUCGAAAUCAAUCCAAAAAUGAAAAAAAUAACAUAUUUGAUAGCGGUUUAUAUUUAACUAUGCAUAUUUCAUUUUGGCAGGAUUUAGGAUGAAACGGGUUUUUUUUUCUAUCAACCUGAUCGAUUUCUUUUAUUCAGAGUCGAUGUAUUGUGGCCGACCAGUGUCCGUUGUCAAUUUCAUUAUCAUUAGUGUUAAAGCAACUCAUUCACACAGUUCAGGCGAUUUCUCUCUCUCAGAAAUCCAUGAAGUGUGGGUACUGUGAAAGCUAUUGUACAAACUUUCCGGCUUUUAAAGGUGGAGGAACACCUCGGGUAUCCCUCCGGGCAUUAUUUCACACACGUGUGUGGGUAUUUCGAUAGGAUCACCGGGCCGAUCUUUGGAAAGCGGUUUCACAACCACCGUAGUGUGGGGUGGGGGCGCAAACAUUUCGAAGUAAGCAACCUUUUAAAAUAAAUAAUGGCUAAUGCAAUGCGAAAAUGAACAUAAAACCAUUCAAUUGAUCAGUUUGCUUGUUAAUCUUUUUAUAUUCAGCAGAUUUAGAAAUUUUGACUUGCAGGACAAUUUGUUUGUUUGGCAUUUAGCACAGCUUCUCACGGUAUUUAAGUUAUGAAAGUAACUUCCCAACUACUAUAUAAUUGAAUGAUUUCAGACACAAUGUCUUCUAUCAAAUCGUCGCGGAAAACGUAUGCCUCGCCUUGGGAUCGAACUAGAGUCCCGUGAUCCAUAUUUCUGCGCUCUGUUGAGCUAAGCGGGCGGGCCAACAUACAGGAUCAAGCCUACGCAAGUGUUGUGCUUACAUGUAUAAUAUUUCACAUAUAUAAAAACACUGUUGAGACAAAGUACGAGUUUUAUGUAUACCUGUGAUAAUGUGUUUUCUCACACAACUUAUAUUCAUGACCUUUGUUAUUUUGUUGUUAUAUUGUAUCAUGAAGUGCUUGAUAAUAAAUUGUGUACUAAUG